AUGCCGCGCAAUGGCAAGACAACAUCCAGUGACAUCAGCGGCCAGCUCAGCGCGCUGGCGAUGCGGCUGCACGUGUGCCUGAUGACGGCUGAUUUGUGGGGCCUGCCCACUGCCAGUAGCACCGCAACUGCCUUUGGGUUGCUGGCCGGAGCUCUCGGUGCGGAUCCCAGCCUAGAGGCGGGCGGCUGCGGAUGUGUUGGCAGAGUAUCACUGAAGGAGGUGGGCCUUUAA